AUGCCCAAGAUCCUCACUCAACGACAGAUCCCUGGCCCUGUCCAUCCUUACCUUCGUCCUCAACUGCCUUCGCCUCGCAGGAGCCGCAGGACUAGGGCGACUGGCAUUGUUGACCCUGGUAUUGCGGCUGCCGCAGCAGUACUUCCAGUCCCUCUGGACUUGGUCGCCCCAGCACAGCCUGAGCAAACUUUGGCAGAAGAUAAAGAACCCGCUCGGUGGUUCAAGUUCAUGGUUAUUGCGGUUGUAGUUGCUGUUGUGGGGCAUUUAGCUGACCGCUUUUUCCGUUUUUCUGACUCGAUCAUGGCGUGGCGUUUUUAA